GGCAGGGGAAUCGGCGCCGCUCUUUCAGCCCUGGCGGCUCGGCGCGGAGUCUAGCGAGCUCUGGACUCGGCGCUAGAGCCGGCGCUGGGGCGCAGGGCGUCUUGGAUACGCUGGCUUUGGAGCGCUGGUGGAACCGGGACCGCUGAGGCAGUGGCUGUGACAACAGAGCCCGAUGUACACAGCAGAUGUGAGAGUCAGGCUGGCAUCCUUGGAAAUGGUCUGGAGGUGGGGCCUCCAGAUACGGGUGUGCAUGGGGGUCUGAACCAGGCUUCCCUGUGGCCACCAGUGGCUCACCCCAAGAACAUGACAACAGCCCAGGAUGGCCAUAGGCAAGAUGCCACUUGUUCUGCCUCCAACUCGAAUGCCCCCAAAAUGGUGACCUCCUCAGUGUGUCAGAAUGGAGGCUGCAAAAAUGGUCCCGGCUGUGACCCCGAAGUCGCAGAAGCCAAGCUCAGCCCUUCCAAGCUGGUGCGUCUCUUCUCUGGGAGUCGAAAGAGGAUGAGCGCCCACCCCGAGAGGCCUCGCUCCGUGGUCCUCGUGGGGAAUUCCUCUACAUGGAAUGCCCUGGCCUCCUUUCGCAAAAUGGGAUCUUUUAAAAAACUGAAGUCCUCAGUCUUUCAAGGAAUUCAGAACCGGGAGGCAGCAGAUGCUGCCAAGGAGGGCCCAGCAGAAGGCGACCCGGGAAGGGCUGUUCCCAACGGUUCCAUCUUGGCAAAGGAUCCAGGCAGGUGCUCGUCCUUGAGACCCGCAGGGGAUGGGCCUGGGUCCGACUGCUCCGACCCUGAGGACACCGAGGAUGCCUUCCAGAGGAGCACGCACCGCUCGCGCAGCAUCCGCAGGGCGUAUGCCCUGGGCCGCAUCAGCUUGCUGGACCUGGGGCGACAGCCAGCCCCCCAGAGCCAUGCGGGGCCCUCGUCUCCCGGCCUGUGCGAGAUCCUAGUGAGGGACCCAGAGCCCAGUGGCAUCCUGCAGCGGAGGAGCAAGAGCACGGACAGCCUGAGCUUCCUGAAAAAGAGCUCCUUCAAGCGGAAGUCCACAUCCAACCUCGCGGAGCUCAUUGGUGCUGGCGACAAGCAGGUGCCCCCCAGGACUCUGAGCAGCUCGUCCGCAGACUCCGAGAAGCUCGGAUGCCCAGAGAGAAGGACCAGACGUUGGAGGAGCCCCAUCCGGGCCAAGGACUUCGACAGAGUCCUCAAACUCGUGAGCAACGUCAAGGACGCCACCUGGAAGAGAGACGCUCCCAAGAGCACAGCCCCGGGCUCACUUGAAGCAAAUCCUUCACUGCGACUGCGCAGCAGGCUGCACGAGGACUACUCACACCGCGCCAGCAGUUGUAUGGAGCCAGAUGCAAGGCGCAGCGUGGCAUCUGCACCUAGCAUCCCUGCUCCUUGCACUAAAGAUCCCUGCAGGGAUGCGCCCUGCACGGUGGCCCCUGGCUGCAGCUCAGUGCCCCCCGCAGAACCAUGCCUGGAUAUCGACACAUCUGUAUUCCCCCUGGAAACCAAAAGCUCCCGGCUGCUGGGAAGUGCUGGGCCCUGUGCCAGGAGCCCCUCAUCAAGUACCACUGACCCAGAAGGUUUGAGCCCAACCUCUGAUGAGGUGAACACUGGCAGCCAGCUUCUGGUUGACCCUGUGCUGCCUCCCACCCCUCUGAGGCCCACCACACCCAAGCCCCAGAGCCCUCAGAGCCCUCAGAGCCCAGGAAGCACUAAGUGCCCCAAUAGUCUGAGUGUGCUAUCCCUGAAUUCAGUGGACAGUGAAGAAAGGACGGAAAAUGCUGCUCACAGGCAGCCAGGACCUGUGUCCCUCCAGGGUUUUGUGCACACCAUGGGUGGUGAUGAGGGCACAGACAGUGGUGACACCUGUCAUCGCCUGAUCCUCGAUGGGGCUGUUAAUCCAGAGGAGAGAAAGGUAGAGGUGGUGAAUGAGGAUGAUUGGCAGCCGGGCUCAGCCCAGGAAGAAGAGCGGACUGAGGUGCCCCGUAUCUCCAGUAGGAGAUGGGGCUCAGGCAGGCACACCCGGCCACGACCACUAUCGGACUAUGGCCAGCUGGCCAGCAGAAGCCUGUCCAUUCCUGAAGACUCCAUUGUUGCGGACCCCCCAGAUGAAGACCACGUAGACGGGGUGCAGUCAGCAAGUGUGACCACCGCCAGCCAGGACCCAGGCAACCCCUCGGACUGCCCCAGGGGAGGCCGGAGAAGGAGACCUAUAUCAGUGAUCGGAGGAGUCAGCUUCUAUGGCCACACCCAGGCAGAGGAUGAGGACGAGGAGAAUCUCUUGGCCCAACCAGCAACCAGGCCUCCCGUGCCUGCACACCAGGUUCCGCCCUACAAGGCGGUGUCUGCCCGCCUCCGGCCCUUCACUUUUUCCCAGAGCACCCCCAUCGGGCUGGACCGUGUGGGGCGCCGGCGACAGAUGAGAGCAUCCAAUGUCUCUUCAGAUGGUGGCACGGAGUCCUCAGCCUUAGUUGAUGAUAAUGGUAGUGAGGAGGAUUUCAGCUAUGAAGAGCUCUGCCAGGCCAACCCUCGGUACCUGCAGCCAGGUGGGGAGCAGCUGGCCAUUAACGAGCUGAUCAGCGAUGGCAGUGUGGUCUAUGCAGAAGCACUGUGGGACCAUGUGACCAUGGAUGACCAGGAACUGGGCUUCAAGGCUGGAGAUGUCAUUCAGGUUCUGGAAGCAUCUAACAAGGACUGGUGGUGGGGCCGGAAUGAAGAUAAGGAGGCCUGGUUCCCUGCAAGCUUUGUUAGGCUUCGGGUCAAUCAGGAGGAGCUGCUGGAGAACACCAGCCAUCCUCAUGGGGAGGAACAGGAGGAAGAAGCCAGCAAGGCCCGCCACAAGCACCCCGAGAGCCAGCAGCAGAUGCGUACCAACGUCAUCCAGGAGAUCAUGAACACCGAGCGUGUCUACAUCAAGCACCUCAAGGACAUCUGUGAGGGCUACAUCCGACAGUGUCGCAAGCACACGGGAAUGUUCACUGUUGCGCAGCUUGCCACUAUUUUUGGAAACAUUGAAGACAUUUACAAAUUCCAAAGAAAGUUCCUGAAAGACCUUGAGAAACAGUACAACAAAGAGGAACCUCACUUAAGCGAAAUAGGAUCCUGCUUUCUUCAGCACCAAGAGGGCUUUGCCAUCUACUCUGAGUAUUGCAACAACCACCCUGGCGCCUGUGUGGAGCUAUCCAACCUCAUGAAGCAGGGCAAGUACCGGCACUUCUUUGAGGCCUGCCGCCUGCUCCAGCAGAUGAUUGACAUCGCCUUGGAUGGCUUCCUCCUCACACCAGUGCAGAAGAUCUGUAAAUACCCACUGCAGCUGGCAGAGCUGCUUAAGUACACCACUCAAGAGCACAGUGAUUACAGCAAUAUAAAGGCUGCUUAUGAGGCCAUGAAGAAUGUGGCCUGUUUGAUCAACGAACGAAAGCGCAAGCUGGAGAGCAUCGACAAGAUCGCGCGCUGGCAGGUGUCCAUCGUAGGCUGGGAGGGCCUAGACAUUCUAGACCGCAGCUCUGAGUUGAUUCAUUCAGGCGAGCUGACCAAAAUCACCAGGCAGGGCAAGAGCCAGCAGCGCAUUUUCUUCCUGUUUGAUCACCAGCUGGUGUCCUGCAAGAAGGACCUGCUGCGCAGGGACAUGCUCUACUACAAGGGCCGCAUGGACAUGGACGAGGUGGAACUUGUAGAUGUGGAGGAUGGGCGGGACAAGGACUGGAACCUCAGCAUGAGGAAUGCUUUCAAGCUGGUCAGUAGGACCACGGAUGAGGUUCAUCUGUUCUGUGCCAAAAAGCAAGAGGACAAGGCAAGGUGGCUGCAGGCCUAUGCGGAUGAGAGGCGGCGGGUGCAGGAAGACCAGCAGAUGGGAAUGGAAAUUCCAGAAAAUCAAAAGAAACUUGCCAUGUUAAAUGCUCAGAAGGCAGGACACGGGAAGUCUAAAGGCUACAGCAGCUGCCCUGCAGCCCCACCCCACCAGAGCCUGCCCCCACUUCACCAGCGCCAUGUCACCGUGCCCACCAGUGUCCCCCAACAGCAGGUCUUUGCCUUGGCGGAGCCCAAGAGGAAACCAUCACUCUUCUGGCACACCUUCCACAAACUUACCCCCUUUAGGAAAUGAGUCCUGCCCAGGGUGUGCCCCUGAAGCGCCAUGUGGGGAAGACUAACUUUGUUUCUUCAGCAUAUGUCCAGGGCAGCUUCUUGGCCCAGUGCUGAAUGCUCCUUUGGGGGGAUCAGUGAAGGAGAGAAGGAAUGGGACUCACCUUCAUCUUGAGAGACUCCAGUACCCUUAUGGAAGGCCAGAGACCAUGAAGCACUGAUCUGUCUCACACUGGGAGCUGGGGCACACUCCCAGGUGUCUGGAAUGUGGAACCAGAGCCUUACUCUAUGAAGAAUGCUGACCAGUGGCACUGCAAAUUCCUCAGUGACAUACCCCAUCACAGUUUUAAAGAGCACCAGAGCCUUUCAAUCCCUAAGGAAUGACUGCGCUGAGGAUUGCUUCUGUAUUUGACCUUAAAGGAUCCCUGGGCGGGGACUGGUAGGAAGCUGGCAGCCUCUCUCCAGCCUGUGCCUGGACACACCUGGAAGAGGCCCUCUUCCUCUGUCUUCUAGCAGUAGGGGAACUGUGGCUCCAGAGAGUUGCCCACAGUGUUCCAUGGUGACUGGUGACAUCUGAGUCCAUGCAGGUGCCAAGUGACAGUCCAGGCUUCAUCUUGCAAGGUUCUCUGUUCACAAGCUAGGGGGAGAUGUGAGGUACCUGUCACCUGGCAGUGCAGGGAUGAAAGCAUCCUGAAGCCAGUGCUGCUUUCCAAACCAGAGGAAGGUUUUUCCCUUGCCAGCUGGUUUGUCCCUCUCACCUUGGUCCUCACCAGUUGCAUGCCUUGUGUAAGUGACACCUCAAGUGAAGGUCAUCUUGCUCACCCAUUACAACCUAAGAAACUGCCCCUCACACAAGUGGUGGUGGUAGUACAAAAGUUUGUUCAUCUAGUUUUGGUGUUGUACAAUGUGUGGAACAGGCGUUCCUAAGUGAACCUGAGCAUCUUCAGACUUUGCAAAGGCUUCACCGAUGAGACAACAAAGAUACACACGGUCCACAGAGAAAACAAGGGACAAAGCUGUCCUGCUUCCUGGGAAAUUGGAGAUACCUUUGUCCACAUGACCCCACAGCGAUAGUGGAUGGCUGUGCCAGCUGGAGAUUCAUUCUGUAUGAUUCCUUAGCUCAGAGAGAGCCAUCUUUUAAUGAAGACCACACAGGCUGACACCUGCAAAAAAUAAUGUCCCUUCCUUUGUUGACAUUGUAGAGUUGGAUGAAAAUGGCUGUUAAAUAAGUCUAGAGAAUACAGGCUUUGCAUUUUAAUCAGCCCAGUGUACCAGUUGGGAGGGGUCCUACUUCUGUGGACUGUUGCACUGUGUGUCUGGAGACAAAAGAGGUGCUGUGGCUUCAUGCACAGAACAUGUACAGUGUGUGUGUGCGUGUGUGUGUGUGUGUGCGUGUGUGUGUGUGUGUGUGUGUGUGUGUGUGUGUGUAUGUGUCCGUCCUUGAAUAGAUGCCUCAACUUCAGUUGCAUUUAUAUAACUGACAUUUUUUACUAAUAAAAUAUAAUGGUAUAUUUUGGAAACUGCUUAACAUGCUUUUCCCUGCUGGAGUUUGUAUGUAAAGCCAUUUUGAACAGUUCUGUUGUUAAUAUAAGAGAACUGCUUUAAAGAAGUGAAGAGAAUGAAUCAUUUGUUCAUGUUGCGUUUCACUGAGGAUUCAACUUGCAGAACAGUCACUCAGUGGGCUUCCAUUUGCUAGUGGGCUCUGAAGAAAUGCUUUAAUUUUUGCAACCAGUCCUAAUGUAUUUCCCAGCUGAGCCCUAACUUCCGGUUCCCACCUACCUCCGCAGACUUCCUAACAAUCUCGAACAUCAGGACAUGUUUUUAUCAGGCCAAGUUUAAGACCUGAGCUGGCCCCAGGCAGUUUUAUACAGUGUGAGAAGCACUUGAUCAAAGGUCUGUCCUGGAUGGAUCCUACUUGGAAUUUCUAGAUAAUUUUGAAAACUAACGUAUUUUUAAAAGAUGUAAUAGCGUUGAUUCCUUGAAAAUCUUUACAUCUAGCUUAAGUUUUAUUACCUGAGUUCUACAAAAAGUGUAAGGCCUCACGUAUUCUUAUUUCAGUUUGCCAAACUUUCUUCUUGAUUUAAGUCACAUUCUCUAUUUUGAAAAGAAAAAAAAAAAGGAGCAACAAAGAGCCUCUUACCUGAAUGAUGUGUGGAUAUCAUGAGGACUCUCUCGCUUGCUCCCUCUCUUUUUCUCACCCUGAAUGGGCCAAAAAUUGAUGAUGUACAAUUUUGAUGAAUUUCAUUUGCUCUAUUUUAGAAUUCUAGAAUUUGUCAGCUCUGUUGAAACAGCUUUGGGUCAAAAGCAGCCUCCUUGGUUUAGAUUGUACCUAAAAUGUAUAACCAUCCUGCAGUAGGUGAUGAAUGAUCAUAAACAAAAUUUUUAAAGUCCUAGAAAAAGAAGUAACAUUUCUGGAAGGCAAUUUGUGCCCAUAGCUGGCAUUAUCAGAUCUGAUUUUCAUUUUCUGCUGACAGAUCAGCUUCUAUAUUUGAGAACACAUAGCCACCAUCUAAUAUCAUUUCUAAAUAUUGUGCCUUUUUCUAGCCAAUUCAUUGAAGACUGAUUCCACAUCCCAAUUGCUGCUGUUACAAAGUAAAAGUGCAUUUAAUUCAAAAUCUAGUUCAUGGUAGAAAUCUGUCAUUAAAGCCAGUAAUCCAGCAUCUUGUAUGUGUGAAAUCUCUGUGUACCUGGAUUGCUGAUAUUUCUCAGGGUGGGUCAGUCUCAUUUCCCAGCCAGAGUAGCUAGCCUGGUUUCCUGGAGCUGGGGCACAGCUUCUGCGUUAUGGCUUUAACAAGGAGGGGAGAAGCAGAAGUGUUUCUCAGAGGCCAGGGCCAGCAUGGGUGAAGGAAUGACCCUUUCUGUACUUCCAGGCCAGGAGGCUGGAUUCAGCGUGGUCAGACCGCUAGCAACGUUUCCCCAAGAACGCACUUGGCCUUCAGAUUAUUUCUUUUUCAGAGGCCAGAGAAAAUCGAAUUUGAAAGACUUUGAACAAAAUACAUAGAUUUUGAAGGGGGGAUCAGCUUACAGAUUUAUGUAAAUACUGCUACAACAUAGGUGUCAUUACCGCCUCCAUUGUCUCCCAGGCCUUGCUGUUGGAAUUUAGAGCAGACUGAACUGCUUCUCUAUUUAAAGUUGGUCCUUUUUGUACAUACUAACGCCCACUGUGAGUGACUUGCCUACCUUCUUGGCCACUCUUUUGGUAAGCUUUUUACUCGUCCACAUCAGGGUGCUGCUGUCUGUAAGUCAACUGCUGCUUCUGAGCUGCGUGUGGCCUCAACAGCUGAAAUGGAAUCUGUGUACAAUAUGUGCAUUUUUGUUGAAGUGUUUUUGUAAAAAAAAACAAACAAGAAUUACAAUGUUACUUGGAUGAUUUCUUGUAAAUGCUGUGAAUCUGUAUUUGUCAUUUUGUAUCUGUAUAUUAAAAUUAAUUUG